GUAUUAGCAGACGACAAGAAAAGUCACCGAUAGCACCGAUAGUCUUCUUGGUCUGCAGAGUUAAAAUCACGUUAAAAUAUUGCUAAAACUAUAAAAUGAUAGAAAUUAUAGAAUAAAGUGUUUUGAUAAACUAAUAGUUUCACUAAAAAUAUUUGUGUAAUAACUUUCAUAUUUAUAAUCACAAAAAGAAACGUGAAAUCAUAUGUUCAAAACGUGCAACGAAUUAUUUACUGUAUUUCCGAGUUGACCAACUGAUUUAGAAAUUAUUGGAAAAAUACAAGAUUGAAAUAAUGCCGCUGGAUAUUUGUGAAUCCUUAAUGAAAUUCUGCCGCUUGGGGGAUGUAGAAGCAGUGAAACAUUUUCUCUCUCACUAUAAAUUGUCUGAUUAUCAAAAAUUGUCGUACGGCUAUUUACCAACUUAUGAAGCAUUGAAUAACAAUAAUACCCAAGUUGUAAAAUUACUUAUCGAUAAUGAGGCAAAAAUAAAUUUUCCCGAAGAAACACCAGCAAAAUCCCUACUUCAUCUCGCAGUAACGAAAAAUAAUUUCGAAAUCGUUGAAAUCUUAUUGAAGAAAAAUGUAAAAGUUAAUAAUUUAAAUAAGAAGAAACAAACUCCUCUACAUAUUGCAAUUAAUCAAAAAAAUGAAGAAAUUGUUCAACUUUUGUUGGACAAUGGCGCUGAUAUUGAAUUAACAGAUCGUUACGAUUGUACACCACUUCAUUUGGCAAUAAAAAAUGGAAACAUCAAAAUUGUCGAGAAUUUAUUAAAUUAUAAAGCUGACAUACAUUCUAAUUAUGACGAAAAAACAAUGCUACAUAUUGCCAUAGAAAAUGAUCGUAUCGAAAUUGCAAAAUUACUUAUAGAAAAUGGAGUAAUCGAUAAAAUAAAUUCCACCGCCUAUUAUUCACUUCUCAUUUUUCUCGUGUCAAUGUGCAAUCAUAAGAUAUUAAUUCUUCUCUUGGAAAAUCAAAAAGCUAAAACACUGAUGUUUGAUCUUUUUUCCAAAAAUACGGAGAGUGAGAAUCUUAAUGAAUUACUAAAGUUGGCGAUUGUUGGCGGUAAAAUAGAAAUUGUCGAAGUACUUCUAAAUUAUAAUUUUGAUAUAAACGCGAAGGAUAAAUGUGGAAAGAUGACAAUGUACUAUGCUUACGAUAAGAAUAAUUUGAAUAUUUGCAAGUGUUUGUUGACGAAAGGAUUUUUUAUUAAUUCGAAAAUAUAUGAAAAUUUUACUAUUCUUCACAUGAGUGUGAAGAAUAAUGAUGAAGAAUUUACGGAAUAUUUACUGGAUAAUGGUGCUGAUGUGAAUGUGACAACGAAUGAUGGUUCAACGGCACUUCACCUGGCUUGUCAAAUAAGAAGUGAAAAAAUUGUGAAAUUGUUGCUAAAGCAUAAAAUUGAUGUUCAUGUUCAAAAUAAAUUUGGUUUCACAUGUCUUCAUGAGGCUGCGAGGAAGAAUAAUGAAAAAAUUCUAAAACAUUUAUUACGAAAAGGCGCCAAUAUUAAUACACUGGAUAAUAAUAACAUGACUGCAAUUUGUCACGCCGUUGAAUUUAGCAAUAGAAACGUAGUCGAAGUCCUUUUGGGCAAAAAACCGAACCUUGAGGAUAAAAGUAACAAAAUUGCUUUUUACCUCUCAAUACUUGGCGCAACAGCAGAACAUCGUUUAAUAACCGAAUUAUUUCUAUUCAAUCGAUUUAGCAUCAAAGAAGAAACAUUCGAAAGUAUCCACAUACCGGAAAUUUUAUAUUCAUCGUAUAAAAAAGAAUAUGGAAAAAAAGAAUACAAAACAAUAUUCACUCAACUCUUCCAGUGUGAACCAUCAGUUACAGCAUUUUUCAAAUAUCAAAUUCUGUUCUCAGCGGUGGAAAAAGGUUACGUUGAGAUAGUGCAGGAUUUAUUGAGUACCGAGGCAAAUGUUAAUGUUCUCUUGGAAAAAAAUUCGACACUAUUAGAAAUUGCCGUCAAUAAUGGUCAAUGUCGGAUAAUGCAUCAACUUUUAAAAUUAGGCGCCGAUUUACAUACGAGGGACACUCAUGGUAAUACAUUAUUGCACAUCAGCGUUCUCACUGACUGCAUUGCUAUUAUCGAAUUUCUAUUGAAGCACAACAGUGUCGAGGCUCGUAAUAACAAAGGCCAAACUCCACUCUAUUUAUCGAUUUAUCGAAAUAAUGUAAAAGUCGUCAAACUAAUUUUAAAAUCCGGCGUCGAUAUCAAUUCAAAAACAAAUUUAGAAACAACUCCUCUUCACAUUGCGGCAAAAAUUGGUAAUUUAAAUGUAGUUAAAUUACUCCUCGAUUAUGACGCUUCGGUGAAUGUUAAAGAUCUCAAUAACCAAACUCCUCUCGACAUAGCAAUUUGUUCCGAAAGAAGUGAAAUUAUAAGUAUUUUAUUACUUCACAAUGCCUUAUCGAAUAGGGACGAUUUAUCUCUUAAAGAUGAAGUUCGCAACAAAUUAACCAAACAUUCCUUAAUGCACAACGAAUUGUACGAAUGUCGAAAGAAUUCUGAACCGUUAAAGGGUUUUUCAUUCAUGUGUAAGGAGGAAAUUAAAAGAAUGCAACUCUGUCAAUUGGAAAAUAAUAUCACUUUGUUGGAUUUAGUAAGAAAAACUGCGACUACUGUGGAAAUUUAUAUGCGUAAUGAAAAAAUUUUACGGCGACUAAAUGAUUUUCAAUCGUCAUUUCCGAUUUAUUCGAGUAUGCUGAAUGUUAAAAUAAAUAAAGCAAAGCAAAGGAGGGAGUUAAUAAAAUCAGCGAGUCUUUGUAUGGAGAAUGUGUUAAAAAUAGAAAUUCCCUAUUUAGUAAUCGAGAAAAUAUUUUUCUAUCUUGAUAAUUUGAAUUUACGGAAUCUGAUAAACGCGUCUUAUUGUCAUUAGAGGAAUCAUUUUUUGUCCCUGAUAAAACGAAUGAAUUCAAAAUACUUAUUUUUGUAUUUUUUUAUGUGAAGAAGAAAGGCAUUUAAUAGAUUAGUAACUUUUUGAUAUUUGUUGUGAGAAAAUGGAAUUCUUAACGAAUGUGAUAAAUUUAGUUUAGAAGAGUAUAACUUUUCUAGUGUUAUUAUAAAUUGUAGAUUAAUUUUUCGCUCUAAACUUGGUUAAAAGUUUUUACUUUGUGUUUAUAUUAAGGCGUUUGAUUAAGAGUGCCAUUUGGCUUUAGUGUUCUGUUUUUAUAUUUGAAUACAUAUUAGGCUAAACUACUUUGUACUAUGAAAUACGUAAAAAGUAAAUAAAUAUUAUUGCAGUACUUUAA